AUUAAACUCGACUUGGAAAAUAGUUUAGUUUGAUUUGCUGAACGAUAUUCAGUUCCGAGUCAGUAAAAUGAAAUGAACUUCCCUUCCUACACUACUGUCUCAGGGAGGCUCGCGGACAAACAAAGCGUCCUUCAAACAGAAGAACAGAAGGCUUUUAUGUGCAUUCAUGAGGGAGAAAGAGGCGAAAAUGAAGCUUCUCUUUAAUGUGCUCUCAGUCAUCUUGUUUUUACUCGACAACGGUGUGUCUGGUGUCGUAUCAGAUGUAGUAUUGGUUUCAGUGAUGGAGGGGGAUUCAGUCACUCUACACACUGGUGUUCAAACAGACCAACAAGAAGAUAUUAAAUGGUAUUUUAAAGACACUCGCAUCGCUCAAAUCAGUGGAGAUCUCAGUAAGAUCUGUACAGAUGAUCAGUGUAAUGAAGGUACUGAGAGAUUCAGAGACAGACUGAAGCUGGAUCAUCAGACUGGAUCUCUGACCAUCACAAACAUCACAAACACAGACUCUGAACUUUAUGAACUGAAGAUCAUCAGCAGCAGCAGCAGCAGUGACAAGAUCUUCAGUGUUACUGUCAAUGGUGUUUCUGCUGCCGAACAAGAAGAAGUGAAGGAGGGAGAAUCUGUCACUUUAGAUCCUGGUGAAACUAAAAGCCCAAAUGAUGUGAUGACGUGGUAUUUUAAUGACAUUCUCAUCGCUGAAAUCACUGGAGAUCAGAGAACUGAGAGAUUCAGAGACAGACUGAAGCUGGAUCAUCAGACUGGAUCUCUGACCAUCACAAACAUCACAAACACAGACUCUGAACUUUAUGAACUGAAGAUCAUCAGCAGCAGCAGCAGCAGUGACAAGAUCUUCAGUGUUACUGUCAAUGGUGUUUCUGCUGCUGAACAAGAUGAAGUGAAGGAGGGAGAAUCUGUCACUUUAGAUCCUGGUGUAACAAAACACCCAAAUGAUGUGAUGACGUGGUAUUUUAAUGACAUUCUCAUCGCUGAAAUCACUGGAGAUCAGAGUGAGAUCUGUACAGAUGAUCAGUGUGAGGAGAGAUUCAGAGACAGACUGAAGCUGGAUAAUCAGACUGGAUCUCUGAACAUCACAAACACCAGAACCACAGACUCUGGACUUUAUAAACUACAGAUCAGCAUCAUCAGCAGCAGUUUCAGCAUCAGCAGAGUGAAGAGAUUCAAUGUUACUGUCACUAGUGGUGUGUAUAUCAUUCAGUCAUUCUGUGUGUCUGGUGUCAGACAGACUGAAGCUGGACGUGAAGGAGGGAAUGAAGUGAAGGAGGGAGAAUCUGUCACUUUAGAUCCUGGUGUAACAAAACACCCAAAUGAUGUGAUGACGUGGUAUUUUAAUGACAUUCUCAUCGCUGAAAUCACUGGAGAUCAGAGUGAGAUCUGUACAGAUGAUCAGUGUGAGGAGAGAUUCAGAGACAGACUGAAGCUGGACGUGAAGGAGGGAAUGAAGUGA